CCAAUUGUCCUGAGCUGCAGAACCACAUGUAUUGCUGCUUUGUUCUACCUACCACAAUCAUAUUCAUCGGUGAGCAAUUGCCUGAGAACUCCAUACCUGUACUCAAUUGAAGGUUAAGUCAUCAUCUUGUUCCUGAAGGAGACAGAAUAAUCAUAAUGGUUGAGUCAGUUGUGUCCUUUGCAGUUGAAAGGCUUGGUGACCUAUUACUUGAGGAGGCCAAAUUGUUAAGUGGGGUGAAAGUCCAAGUCAAUAAAAUGCAAGAUGAACUAAAGUGGAUGCAAGGCUUCUUGAGAGAUGCUGAGAGAAGGCAGGAUAAAGAUGAGACUAUAAAGAAUUGGAUAUCAGACAUCAGAAAAUUAGCCUAUGAUGCUGAGGAUGUGAUUGAAGUUUAUGCAAUGAAGGUUGCAUGUGGCAUAAGUGUUGGAACUAAAAAUCCUCUUUCCAGAGGUAUGCAUCUUCACAAAGUUGGAUCUGCCAUUGAAUCCAUUGACUCUCGAAUAUCUGACCUCACAAGAAGGUUACAAACUUAUGGUUUGACCGAAACAAGAGACAACGAGGAGUCACGCUUUGAGAGGCAAAGGCAGUUGAGAUGGUCUUAUUCUCAUAUAGUUGAAGAGUUCAUUGUUGGCUUAGAUGAAGACAUAAAACAAGUGGUGAGAUGGCUAUUGAAUCAAGAUCAACAUUGUAGAGUGGUUUAUAUUUGUGGAAUGGGCGGUCUAGGAAAAACCACUCUUGCCAAAAACAUAUACCAUUACAAUGCUAUUAGGCGCCACUUUGAGGGGUUUGCUUGGGCAUACAUAUCUCAACAGUGCAAGAAAAGAGAUGUUUGGGAGGGAAUUUUGCUUAAGCUUAUUUCUCCUUCCAAAGAGGAGAGGGAUGAGAUUAUGAAAAUGAGAGAUGAAGAAUUGGCGAAGAAGUUGUAUAAAGUUCAGCAAGAGAAAAAAUGUUUGAUCAUCCUGGAUGACAUAUGGAACAAUGAGGCAUGGGACAUUCUAAGUCCUGCCUUUCCCUCUGAAAACACAAGAAGUAAGAUAGUUUUUACAUCCCGCAAGAAAGGCAUUUCAAGGCAUGUAGAUCCUAAAGGCUUGCUUCAUGAACCAAAUUGCUUAAAUGAAGAAGACAGUUGGGCAUUGUUUCAGAAGAAAGCCUUUCCAAGAAAAGAUCAUCCAGAGUUCACAAUUUGCAAUGACUUUCAAAGAUUAGGCAGAGAAAUGGUUGCAAAGUGUGCUGGUCUGCCUUUGGCUAUUGUCGUGCUUGGAGGGCUUUUGGCUACAAAGGAGACGGUCAACGAGUGGGAAAUGAUACACAGAUAUAUAAGUUCAUACCUAAUAAGAGGUGAGGUACAUGAAAGACAGUCAAGAUUAGUUGAGGUGUUGGAUCUUAGUUAUCAUGACUUGCCUUUUCAACUGAAACCAUGUUUUCUCUAUUUAAGUCAAUUCCCUGAAGACUCUGAGAUACCAACAAACAAAUUAAUUCAGUUGUUGGUAGCAGAAGGUGUUGUUUCAUCUCGAUAUGAGAUUGAAAGGGAUGAGACAAUGGAGGAUGUUGCUGAACGCUACCUAGGUAACUUAAUAAGCCGCUGCAUGGUUCAAGUUGGUCAAAUGGGGUCUACUGGAAGGAUUAAAACCUGCAGGCUCCAUGAUUUAAUGCGUGAUCUGUGUUUGUCAAAGGCCAAAAAGGAGCAUUUUCUUUACAUCAUUGGUGGAUCAAAGCAAAAUAAAACCGUUGAUGUUGCUUCCUCAUCUAAUCUAUCAGAUGCAAGACAAACUGGUGGAGUUCGCAGACUUGCUGUCUUCUUGGAUCAACAUGUUUAUCAAUUGUUUCCACAUAACGAGCAAGUGAAUCAACACUUAAGAUCUCUUGUCUAUUUCCAUGAUAAGAAAUGUAGAUUGGAAUACUGGGAGCUAAUCAAAGGUGUUUUUGAGAACUUCAAAUUACUCAGAGUUCUAGACCUUGAAGGAAUUAAGGGGCCAAAGGGACAGUCAUUGCCUAAAGAAGUUGGAAAUCUGUUCUGGUUGAAAUUUCUGAGCUUAAAAAGAACUCGUAUCCAAAUAUUGCCAUCUUCCUUGGGCAAUUUGGAGAAUUUGCAGUCUCUAAAUUUGCAAACUAUCAACAAAGUGAGCUGGGAUUCAACUGUAGAAAUUCCGAAUGUAAUAUGGAAGUUGAAACGGUUGAGACAUCUAUAUCUUCCAAAUUGGUGUGGGAAUGUUGCUAACAACAUGCAACUGGAAAAUCUGAUCAACUUGCAGACACUAGUGAAUUUUCCUGCCAGCAAAUGCGAUGUAAAAGAUCUGUUGAAAUUGAAAAAGCUCAGAAAAUUAGUACUGAAUGACCCAAGACACUUUCAAAAGUUUAGUGAAAGUUUCAGUCCCCCUAAUAAAAUGUUAGACUGCCUUCAAUCAUUGUCCUUAAGGACUGACAUGCUUUCUUUCCCUGACAAAGCAGUAGAUGUUGAAAAAUUGGUUCUAGGAUGUCCUUCCCUCCUUAAACUGCAUGUAGAAGGGAGGAUGGAAAAGCUGCCAGAAGCCCGUCUAUUUCCUCCGCAACUUGCAAAGUUAACUUUAUGGGGUUGUAGACUUGUGGAAGACCCAAUGGUUACAUUAGAGAAGCUUCCUAACUUGAAGUUCCUGAGUGGGUGGGAAAUGUUUGUUGGAAAGAAAAUGGUAUGCUCACAAAAUGGUUUUCCUCAACUGAAAGUUCUACUACUUCGUGGCUUGCCUAAUUUAGAGGAGUGGACAGUAGAGAAUCAAGCUAUGCCUAAUCUUUACAGAUUAGGCAUAUCUGAUUGUAACAAGUUAAAAACUGUUCCCAAUGGACUAAGAUUUGUUGCUGGUCUCCGGGAGUUAGAGAUCAGAUGGAUGCCUAAUUCAUUCAAGACCAGGCUUGGAACUGCUGGAGAGGAUUACCACAAAGUCCAACAUGUGCCAUCCAUUGUAUUUUUGAACUAAGCAUUAAAGUUGAAAAGAUUAAAUAAAUACCAGUAAAGCAACAGGUGUCAUCCUUACUCUUGUGCUUCAGAAGCUGAAGUUUUAAACCUGAUCUUUUCGGUGGUAUACCUCUGUAUUUGUUAUAAGUGUUUGUUUGCAUGGUGCUUUGAUGAAUCCAAUUGAAUUUGUUUAACGUGCAAAACCACAGACACUGAUAUGUGUAUUUCUCUCACAAUGUGAUUAAUGUUUGAUAGUGUAGUGCAAAACUUGUAAUUGAAUAACAACACUGGUGUGUGUAUGUUUCUCAUAAUGUGAUUGA